AUGCCCCCCGCCAAACCCGUCGAACUCAGCGUCGUCGACACCAACCAGGGCGAAUGGGACAUCAUGCCCAUCCCCUACAUCGACGCCCACCUCGAGCACAAGGCCCUCCACAACGACGCCGAGACCGGCAUGAUGGUGCUCAAGAUGACCUAUCGCGCUGGCUUCACCAACCCCUGGCACUCCCACCUCUGCGGCCACGGCUUCUACGUCCUGGACGGCGUGCUCGACACCCACCAAGGCCGGUACGGCGCGGGCAGCUGGGUCUGGUUCCCGGAGGGCGGGACGAUGUAUCACGGCGCCACCGCGGAUGAGGACGUGACGUUCCUGUUCAUCACCAACAAGAAGUUCUCGAUUCAUUUUGUGGGCGACGAGAGGGAUCCGUGUGCUUUGGAGAUGGCGGCGGUGGAUAUGCAGAUGAAAGGUUGA